AUGAGUUCAGACCCUGCAAGUCUGAGUCAGGUCAUAAAUCUUAAACUACUGGAAAAGCAGCUAGAGAAGCUGAAGGAGAUAAAACUAAAUAAAUCUGCUAUGUUUAAAUCCUAUUUAAUGUCAUUCUUUCCAGCUGAUAAAGAUCUCAAGAUGCAAGAGCUCCUAGAAAUCAAAUUGUCAGCUCAAGGAGCAAAUGAUGGUAAAAAAGAUGAACAAUUCCCAGACCGUACAAAAGAAGUAUCAAUUGCAAAUAAAGAAAGUAUUGAUAUUCAUCUAGAAGAAGUAGAAAACACUACUAUAAAAAUAACAAAUACAGAGGGUAAAAACAUAUCUGAUUUAAAAACAAUUAAAACAGAACAGGACACUUUACAACAAUUAAGCAUUGAAGGAUCCACGUAUCCCGUGGCAGAGACUACAGGUGGAGAGGUCACAUCCCAGGACCCUGAUUCUUCUAGAACCACAAGAGAAUCAUCAUCAACUACAAUAGAAAAAACACCAGAACGGUCUACGCCGCAAACAGAUGAAAUUACAAUAUCUGCUACAAUAGCAUCUGAUGUUACUGAGACAACAGAGGCAGAAACAGAGACUACAGGUGUAGAGGUCACAUCCCAGAACCCUGAUUCUGCUAGAACCACAAGAGAAUCAUCAUCAACUGCAAUAGAAACAACACCAGAAUGGUCUACGCCGCAAACAGAUGAAAUAACAAUAUCUGCUACAAUAGCAUCUGAUGUUACUGAGACAACAGGGGCAAAAAGAUCCAGGUAUCCCACAGCAGAGACUACAGGUGUAGAGGUCACAUCCCAGAACCCUGAUUCUCCUAAAACAACAAGAGAUUCAUUAUCAACUGCAAUAGAAACAACGCAUGAUCUUUCCACGGCCCAAACAGAUGAAUCAACCAUAUCUGCUACAGCAACAGCUGAUAUUAUUGAGACAACUGGGGCAGAAACAGAGACUACAGGUGUAGAGGUCACAACACAGAGCCCUGAUUCUUCUAGAACCACAAAAGAUUCAUUAUCAACUGCAAUAGAAUUAACACCUGAACUUUUCACGGCCCAAACAGAUAAAACAACAAUAUCUGCUACAGCAACAUCUGAUAUUACUGAAACAACAGGGGCAGAAAGUACUACUUUAGAAAUGACAAAUACAGAGGAUACAACCAUAUCUGAAAUUCAAACAACAGAAGAAGAACAGACAACUUUGCAAACUGCCAACAUUGAAGCAUCCACAUAUCCCACAGCAGACACUACAGUGGUAGGGGUCACAUCACAGAUCCCUGAUUCUCCUAAAACCACAAGAGAUUCAUCAUCAACUGCAAUAGAAACAAUGCCUGAUCUUUCCACGGCCCAAACAGACGAAUCAACAAUAUCUACUACUGCAACAGCUGAUAUUAUUGAGACAACAGGGGCAGAAACAGACAUUACAGGUGUAGAGGUCACAUCACAGAACCCUGAUUCUCCUAAAACCACAAGAGAUUCAUCAUCAACUGCAAUAGAAACAAUGCCUGAUCUUUCCACGGCCCAAACAGACGAAUCAACAAUAUCUGCUACAGCAACAACUGAUAUUACUGAGACAACAGGAACCACAAGAGAAUCAUCAUCAACUGCAAUAGAAAAAACACCAGAAUGGUCUACGCCGCAAACAGAUGAAAUAACAAUAUCUGCUACAAUAGCAUCUGAUGUUACUGAGACAACAGAGGCAGAAAGUACUACUUUAGAAAUAACAAAUACAGAGGAUACAACCAUAUCUGAAAUUCAAACAACACUAGAAGAACAGACAACUUUGCAAACAACAAACAUUGAAGGAUCCACGUAUCCCACAGCAGACACUGCAGGUGUAGAGGUCACAUCCCAGGACCCUGAUUCUUCUAGAACCACAAGAGAAUCAUCAUCAACUGCAAUAGAAACAACACCAGAAUGGUCUACGCCGCAAACAGAUGAAAUAACAAUAUCUGCUACAAUAGCAUCUCAUGAAACUGAGACAACAGGGGCAGAAAGUACUACUUUAGAAAUGACAAAUACAGAGGAUACAACCAUAUCUGAAAUUCAAACAACAGAAGAAGAACAGACAACUUUGCAAACUGCCAACAUUGAAGGAUCCACAUAUCCCACAACAGACACUACAGGAGUAGAGGUCACAUCACAGAGCCCUGAUUCUUCUAAAACCACAAGAGAUUCAUCAUCAACUGCAAUAGAAACAUCACAUGAUCUUUCCACGGCCCAAACAGACGAAUCAACAAUAUCUGCUACAGCAACAGCUGAUGUUACUGAGACAACAGGGGCAGAAACAUCUCAUGAAACUGAGACAACAGGGGCAGAAAGUACUACUUUAGAAAUAACAAAUACAGAGGAUACAACCAUAUCUGAAAUUCAAACAACACAAGAAGUACAGACAACUUUGCAAACUGCCAACAUUGAAGGAUCCACAUAUCCCACAACAGACACUACAGGAGUAGAGGUCACAUCACAGAGCCCUGAUUCUUCUAAAACCACAAGAGAUUCAUCAUCAACUGCAAUAGAAACAACACAUGAUCUUUCCACGGCCCAAACAGACGAAUCAACAAUAUCUGCUACAGCAACAGCUGAUGUUACUGAGACAACAGAGGCAGAAACAUCUCAUGAAACUGAGACAACAGGGGCAGAAAGUACUACUUUAGAAAUGACAAAUACAGAGGAUACAACCAUAUCUGAAAUUCAAACAACACAAGAAGAACAGACAACUUUGCAAACUGCCAACAUUGAAGCAUCCACAUAUCCCACAGCAGACACUACAGUGGUAGGGGUCACAUCACAGAUCCCUGAUUCUCCUAAAACCACAAGAGAUUCAUCAUCAACUGCAAUAGAAACAACGCCUGAUCUUUCCACGGCCCAAACAGACGAAUCAACAAUAUCUACUACUGCAACAGUUGAUAUUAUUGAGACAACAGGGGCAGAAAGUACUACUUUAGAAAUGACAAAUACAGAGGAUACAACCAUAUCUGAAAUUCAAACAACACAAGAAGAACAGACAACUUUGCAAACUACCAACAUUGAAGGAUCCACAUAUCCCUCAGCAGACAUUACAGGUGUAGAGGUCACAUCACAGAACCCUGAUUCUCCUAAAACCACAAGAGAUUCAUUAUCAACUGCAAUAGAAACAAUGCCUGAUCUUUCCACGGCCCAAACAGAUGAAUCAACAAUAUCUGCUACAGCAACAGCUGAUAUUACUGAGACAACAGGGUCAGAAAGUACUACUUUAGAAAUGACAAAAACAGAGGACACAACCAUAUCUGAAAUUCAAACAACACAAGAAAAACAGACAACUUUGCAAACAACCAACAUUGAAGGAUCCACAUAUCCCACAGCAGACACUACAGUGGUAGGGGUCACAUCACAGAUCCCUGAUUCUCCUAAAACCACAAGAGAUUCAUCAUCAACUGCAAUAGAAACAAUGCCUGAUCUUUCCACGGCCCAAACAGACGAAUCAUCAAUAUCUGCUACAGCAACAGCUGAUAUUACUGAGACAACAGGGGCAGAGAGUACUACUUUAGAAAUGACAAAUACAGAGGACACAACCAUAUCUGAAAUUCAAACAACACAAGAAAAACAGACAACUUUGCAAACAACCAACAUUGAAGGAUCCACAUAUCCCACAGCAGAGACUACAGGUGUAGAGGUCACAUCCCAUAACCCUGAUUCUCCUAAAACCACAAGAGAUUCAUCAUCAACUGCAAUAGAAACAACGCAUGAUCUUUUCACGGCCCAAACAGACGAAUCAACAAUAUCUGCUACAGCAACAGCUGAUAUUAUUGAGACAACUGGGGCAGAAAACAAAUCAACAAUAUCUGCUACAGCAACAGCUGAUAUUACGGAGACAACAGGGGCAGAAAGUACUACUUUAGAAAUGACAAAUACAGAGGAUACAACCAUAUCUGAAAUUCAAACAACACAAGAAGAACAGACAACUUUGCAAACUACCAACAUUGAAGGAUCCACAUAUCCCACAGCAGACACUACAGGUGUAGAGGUGACAUCCCAGAACCCUGAUUCUUCUAGAACCACAAGAGAAUCAUCAUCAACUGCAAUAGAAAAAACACCAGAAUGGUCUAUGCCGCAAACAGAUGAAAUAACAAUAUCUGCUACAAUAGCAUCUGAUGUUACUGAGACAACAGAGGCAGAAACAGACACUACAGGUGUAGAGGUCACAUCCCAGAACCCCGAUUCUUCUAGAACCACAAGAGAAUCAUCAUCAACUGCAAUAGAAAAAACACCAGAAUGGUCUACGCCGCAAACAGAUGAAAUAACAAUAUCUGCUACAGCAACAGCUGAUGUUACUGAGACAACAGGGGCAGAAAGUACUACUUUAGAAAUGACAAAUACAGAGGAUACAACCAUAUCUGAAAUUCAAACAACACAAGAAGAACAGACAACUUUGCAAACUGCCAACAUUGAAGGAUCCACAUAUCCCACAACAGACACUACAGGUGUAGAGGUCACAUCACAGAGCCCUGAUUCUUCUAAAACCACAAGAGAUUCAUCAUCAACUGCAAUAGAAACAACACAUGAUCUUUCCACGGCCCAAACAGACGAAUCAACAAUAUCUGCUACAGCAACAGCUGAUGUUACUGAGACAACAGAGGCAGAAACAUCUGAUGUUACUGAGACAACAGGGGCAGAAAGUACUACUUUAGAAAUGACAAAUACAGAGGAUACAACCAUAUCUGAAAUUCAAACAACACAAGAAGAACAGACAACUUUGCAAACUGCCAACAUUGAAGGAUCCACAUAUCCCACAACAGACACUACAGGAGUAGAGGUCACAUCACAGAGCCCUGAUUCUUCUAAAACCACAAGAGAUUCAUCAUCAACUGCAAUAGAAACAACACAUGAUCUUUCCACGGCCCAAACAGACGAAUCAACAAUAUCUGCUACAGCAACAGCUGAUGUUACUGAGACAACAGAGGCAGAAACAUCUCAUGAAACUGAGACAACAGGGGCAGAAAGUACUACUUUAGAAAUGAAAAAUACAGAGGAUACAACCAUAUCUGAAAUUCAAACAACACUAGAAGAACAGACAACUUUGCAAACAGCAAACAUUGAAGUAUCCACAUAUCCCACAACAGACACUACAGGAGUAGAGGUCACAUCACAGAGCCCUGAUUCUUCUAAAACCACAAGAGAUUCAUCAUCAACUGCAAUAGAAACAACACAUGAUCUUUCCACGGCCCAAACAGACGAAUCAACAAUAUCUGCUACAGCAACAGCUGAUGUUACUGAGACAACAGAGGCAGAAACAUCUCAUGAAACUGAGACAACAGGGGCAGAAAGUACUACUUUAGAAAUGACAAAUACAGAGGAUACAACUAUAUCUGACAUUCAAACAACACAAGAAGAACAGACAACUUUGCAAACUACCAACAUUGAAGGAUCCACAUAUCCCACAGCAGAGACUACAGUGGUAGAAGUCACAUCACAGAGCCCUGAUUCUUCUAGAACCACAAGAGAAUCAUCAUCAACUGCAAUAGAAACAACACCAGAACGGUCUACGCCGCAAACAGAUGAAAUAACAAUAUCUGCUACAGCAACAGCUGAUAUCAUUGAGACAACUGGGGCAGAAACAGACACUACAGGUGUAGAGGUCACAUCACAGAACCCUGAUCCUCCUAAAACCACAAGAGAUUCAUCAUCAACUGCAAUAGAAACAAUGCCUGAUCUUUCCACGGCCCAAAUAGACGAAUCAACAAUAUCUGCUACAGCAACAGCUGAUAUCAUUGAGACAACUGGGGCAGAAAGUACUACUUUAGAAAUGACAAAUACAGAGGAUACAACCCUAUCUGAAAUUCAAACAACACAAGAAGAACAGACAACUUUGCAAACUACCAACAUUGAAGGAUCCACAUAUUCCACAGCAGACACUACAGUGGUAGGGGUCACAUCACAGAUCCCUGAUUCUCCUAAAACCACAAGAGAUUCAUCAUCAACUGCAAUAGAAACAACGCAUGAUCUUUCCACGGCCCAAACAGACGAAUCAACAAUAUCUGCUACAGCAACAGCUGAUAUUAUUGAGACAACUGGGGCAGAAAGUACUACUUUAGAAAUGACAAAUACAGAGGAUACAACCAUAUCUGAAAUUCAAACAACACAAGAAGAACUGACAACUUUGCAAACAACAAACAUUGAAGGAUCCACGUAUCCCACAGCAGAGACUACAGGUGUAGAGGUCACAUCCCAGGACCCUGAUUCUUCUAGAACCACAAAAGAAUCAUCAUCAACUGCAAUAGAAACAACACCAGAACGGUCUACGCCGCAAACAGAUGAAAUAACAAUAUCUGCUACAAUAGCAUCUGAUGUUACUGAGACAACAGAGGCAGAAACAGACACUACAGGUGUAGAGGUCACAUCACAGAACCCUGAUCCUCCUAAAACCACAAGAGAUUCAUCAUCAACUGCAAUAGAAACAAUGCCUGAUCUUUCCACGGCCCAAAUAGACGAAUCAACAAUAUCUGCUACAGCAACAGCUGAUAUCAUUGAGACAACUGGGGCAGAAAGUACUACUUUAGAAAUGACAAAUACAGAGGAUACAACCCUAUCUGAAAUUCAAACAACACAAGAAGAACAGACAACUUUGCAAACUACCAACAUUGAAGGAUCCACAUAUUCCACAGCAGACACUACAGUGGUAGGGGUCACAUCACAGAUCCCUGAUUCUCCUAAAACCACAAGAGAUUCAUCAUCAACUGCAAUAGAAACAACGCAUGAUCUUUCCACGGCCCAAACAGACGAAUCAACAAUAUCUGCUACAGCAACAGCUGAUAUUAUUGAGACAACUGGGGCAGAAACAGACACUGCAGGUGUAGAGGUCACAUCACAGAGCCCUGAUUCUUCUAGAACCACAAAAGAUUCAUUAUCAACUGCAAUAGAAUUAACACCUGAACUUUCCACGGCCCAAACAGAUAAAACAACAAUAUCUGCUACAGCAACAUCUGAUAUUUCUGAGACAACUGGGGCAGAAAGUACUACUUUAGAAAUGACAAAUACAGAGGAUACAACCCUAUCUGAAAUUCAAACAACACAAGAAGAACAGACAACUUUGCAAACUACCAACAUUGAAGGAUCCACAUAUUCCACAGCAGACACUACAGUGGUAGGGGUCACAUCACAGAUCCCUGAUUCUCCUAAAACCACAAGAGAUUCAUCAUCAACUGCAAUAGAAACAACGCAUGAUCUUUCCACGGCCCAAACAGACGAAUCAACAAUAUCUGCUACAGCAACAGCUGAUAUUAUUGAGACAACUGGGGCAGAAAGUACUACUUUAGAAAUGACAAAUACAGAGGAUACAACCAUAUCUGAAAUUCAAACAACACAAGAAGAACAGACAACUUUGCAAACAGCAAACAUUGAAGGAUCCACGUAUCCCACAGCAGAGAUUACAGGUGUAGAGGUCACAUCCCAGGACCCUGAUUCUUCUAGAACCACAAAAGAAUCAUCAUCAACUGCAAUAGAAACAACACCAGAACGGUCUACGCCGCAAACAGAUGAAAUAACAAUAUCUGCUACAAUAGCAUCUGAUGUUACUGAGACAACAGAGGCAGAAACAGACACUACAGGUGUAGAGGUCACAUCACAGAGCCCUGAUUCUUCUAGAACCACAAAAGAUUCAUUAUCAACUGCAAUAGAAUUAACACCUGAACUUUCCACGGCCCAAACAGAUAAAACAACAAUAUCUGCUACAGCAACAGCUGAUAUUACUGAGACAACAGGAACCACAAGAGGAUCAUCAUCAACUGCAAUAGAAACAACACCAGAAUGGUCUACGCCGCAAACAGAUGAAAUAACAAUAUCUGCUACAAUAGCAUCUCAUGAAACUGAGACAACAGGGGCAGAAAGUACUACUUUAGAAAUGACAAAUACAGAGGAUACAACUAUAUCUGACAUUCAAACAACACAAGAAGAACAGACAACUUUGCAAACUACCAACAUUGAAGGAUCCACAUAUCCCACAGCAGAGACUACAGUGGUAGAAGUCACAUCACAGAGCCCUGAUUCUUCUAGAACCACAAGAGAAUCAUCAUCAACUGCAAUAGAAACAACACCAGAACGGUCUACGCCGCAAACAGAUGAAAUAACAAUAUCUGCUACAGCAACAGCUGAUAUUACUGAGACAACAGGGGCAGAAACUACUACUUUAGAAAUGACAAAUACAGAGGACACAACCAUAUCUGAAAUUCAAACAACACAAGAAAAACAGACAACUUUGCAAACAACCAACAUUGAAGGAUCCACAUAUCCCACAGCAGAGACUACAGGUGUAGAGGUCACAUCCCAUAACCCUGAUUCUCCUAAAACCACAAGAGAUUCAUCAUCAACUGCAAAAGAAACAACGCAUGAUCUUUUCACGGCCCAAGCAGACGAAUCAACAAUAUCUGCUACAGCAACAGCUGAUAUUACUGAGACAACUGGGGCAGAAACAGAGACUACAGGUGUAGAGGUCACAUCCCAGAACCCUGAUUCUUCUAGAACCACAAGAGAAUCAUCAUCAACAGCAAUAGAAAAAACACCAGAAUGGUCUACGCCGCAAACAGAUGAAAUAACAAUAUCUGCUACAAUAGCAUCUGAUGUUACUGAGACAAAAGAGGCAGAAAGUACUACUUUAGAAAUGACAAAUACAGAGGAUACAACCAUAUCUGAAAUUCAAACAACACAAGAAGAACAGACAACUUUGCAAACUACCAACAUUGAAGGAUCCACAUUUCCCACAGCAGACACUACAGCUGUAGAGGUCACAUCACAGAACCCUGAUCCUCCUAAAACCACAAGAGAUUCAUCAUCAAAUGCAAUAGAAACAAUGCCUGAUCUUUCCACGGCCCAAAUAGACGAAUCAACAAUAUCUGCUACAGCAACAGCUGAUAUCAUUGAGACAACUGGGGCAGAAAGUACUACUUUAGAAAUGACAAAUACAGAGGAUACAACCCUAUCUGAAAUUCAAACAACACAAGAAGAACAGACAACUUUGCAAACUACCAACAUUGAAGGAUCCACAUAUUCCACAGCAGACACUACAGUGGUAGGGGUCACAUCACAGAUCCCUGAUUCUCCUAAAACCACAAGAGAUUCAUCAUCAACUGCAAUAGAAACAACGCAUGAUCUUUCCACGGCCCAAACAGACGAAUCAACAAUAUCUGCUACAGCAACAGCUGAUAUUAUUGAGACAACUGGGGCAGAAAAGAUAAAACAACAAUAUCUGCUACAGCAACAUCUGAUAUUACUGAAACAACAGGGGCAGAAAGUACUACUUUAG